AUCAAACCCCAAAGAAGCAGACGACCUCGACAUUGCCAAAACUCUCAAGGAAACCGUCACUAAGUGGCUCGUUCGAGAACAUCAUCUGUGUUAAUUCAGCUCAAGAAUCUUAAAGACGCUCUUGUAGAAUUUGGACUGUGCUUUUCACCAGCUGCGAAGAAAAUGGACAAAUUUAUUACUCGGCCAUUCUCAUCAAAACAAGAACUACGAAACCCACACAGUGAUGAGUCAAAAUCUUCAUAUGAUGAGUCAGAGGUCACAUCCAUUGCGAGUGAGAGGAAGAAAAGCUCUGCUCAUGUUAGGGAGCCAAAAAUUAUGAAAUAUGAUGACCUUUACCUUAACUAUGGCUUCAUAGUAAGCCCAGCAAGUAAAGGCACUGCCCAACCACAGUGUGUUCUUUACUCUCAAAUGCUGUCCAGUGAGAGAAUGAAACCCUCCAAGUUAAUAAGACAGUUGCAGACGAAACAUGGCCAGUAUAUGGAUAAGCCAAGAGUAUUUUUUGGCGUAAGGCAAAAGAACUGCUUGGUAUACAAGUCGGGAUGAAGGUCACUACCACUGUGGAUAAAAGCAAAACAAGAAACGCUAUGUCCGGGAACGAUCGACUGGAGAACAUCAACCCCUUAGUGUUCGCCAAGGCAGAGACGAGGGUAGAGAACGUGACGGACUGGGACGACGAGGUGUACGAUCCCUUUGAUGCCCGCGAGGUGUUUGAUCUGGUGCGCAACAUCAGGGACCCGGAACACCCACUUAGCCUCGAGGAGUUGAAUGUGGUGUCAGAGAGACAGUGUGAGGUGAGCGAUGAGGAGAACUCCGUCAUGGUUCACUUCACCCCCACGAUACCUCACUGUAGUAUGGCUUCACUCAUUGGCCUUAGCAUCAGGCUUAAGCUGUUCCAAGCCCUCCCUGCCAGGAUCAAGGUAGAUGUCCGCAUUACCCCAGGAACUCACUCCUCAGAACACGCCAUUAACAAGCAGCUGAGUGACAAGGAACGUGUGGCUGCUGCUCUAGAAAACCCGCACCUUCUGGAGGUUAUCAACAAGUGUCUUAACCCACAAGGCCAUUAGGAACCAACUACUUGAUCAGAAUUAAGAGAAAUUAUUAUAUUGGUAAAUAUCGAGGGGGGGCUUAAGUGAAACCCACCGGUCGCUCGGAGCCGGUGGAUACCCAGCA